CUGGCUACUGGGCUAACUCCCCUCUGCAACCUCACACGUACUGCAACUGAGGGAGCCACGUGCCGCCAGAGUCAGCGGCCGCUACCUUUGUCUUCCCCGCCACCUUUACACCUGCCUGUUCGUUUGUACAGCUCAAAAAAGAUCGUAGGACUACACAAACCUGUCCGGUCUCUUGGGGUGGCCUCUCAGCCUGAAGAAGAGGAGGAGGAAGGGGAAGCUGAGCAGUUGGAGAUGAAGGGUAAAAGGCAUGGAGGCCGGGGAGAGGCCAUGAUGGAGGACAGGUUAGAGGACAUGGCCGAUGGACCUAAAAAUGCAAAAAUCACCUUAAGCUUCCCACUCAGUGCUGCCCCCCUCCCGGCCUCCCUCACAUCUCCAAACCACUGUCGUAGCUCCUCCUCGUCCUCCCCUUCCCCCCACAGACGGCGGCCAUCCUCCAAGAGCUCAGAUGAGGGAUCGCUGUGGAAACUGGACGCGACCAUGGAUGUAAAGCACAGACCUUUCAAGCCCCCAAGGCAUGACAGCUCUCCGUCCUCUUCACCUUCCUCCUCCUCAUCUCCCAUGACUGUUCAUGCACUUAUCAGGAAGGAUAUAAAAUCCCCGCCUCCUCUCAAGUGCUCCAAACUCAAUCCAGAGACUCCGUUUCAGAGGUCGCCCCCAAGAUCCUCCAGCGGGUCUUUAGGGGGCUGUUAUGGUGGAGAUGGAUGGGAUGAGAGGCACAGGGUGGCCAACGGUACAGCCUCACCCUCUCAAACUGCCCAGAUCCUCUUCAGUCUGGGCACAUCAGCUUAUCAGAGGGGUGGGGAUGCAGAGAGGAGAGAAAAAAUAACAGGAAGACCAGCUGGUAAAGGUCUUACCGCACCCCCCCACUCAUCAUCCUAUUCCCCUACCGACAGCCUGAAGCCUGAGCUGAUUUGCGGGGUGUGCCAUCGGCUUUUCAGCUCGGCCUCCUCCCUCACAGUCCACAUGCGGCUGCAUCGUGGCAGCCGUGCCCUCAGUUGCCGUUAUUGUGGCAAAGUCUUCAUCCACAGCAAGAGACUGCAAUCCCACGAGACAUCCUGCAAGGUGCCAGGCCUUCCCUCCGACAGCCUGGGCCCUCCUUCUCUCACUGUGCAGCCGAAGGAGGAGCCGCUGGAGGAGGGUGAGGUGAGAGUGGAGGGGGGAAUGAUUGUGGGAGAAACUGACAUCAGUAAGGCGCGGCCAGGGAAGAAAGCACGGAGCCUCCUGGCGCGUAUCCAAGGUGAUGAUGCAGCAGCCGCAGAGUUACUGGCGGGUGAUGAGAACCAUUUUGUGAAGGUGGUAGAUGGCAAUGUCAUUUACUUCUGCUCUGUGUGCGAGCGUUCCUACAUGACCCUAUCCAGCCUGAAGCGUCACUCUAAUGUGCACUCAUGGCGCCGCAAAUAUCCGUGCCAUUAUUGCGACAAAGUCUUUGCCCUGGCUGAGUAUCGUACAAAGCACGAGGUGUGGCACACGGGAGAGCGGCGCUACCAGUGCAUCUUCUGCUGGGACGCCUUCGCCACCUACUACAAUCUGAAAACACACCAGAAGACCAUUCAUGGGAUUAACCCCAGCCUCAUCUCCAGUGAAAAGACAGCUAAUGGAGGUUAUAAGCAGAAAGCUAAUGCCCUCAAGCUCUACCGCCUUCUCCCCAUGCGCUCCCAGAAGAGACCCUACAAGACCUACAGUGACAGUUUGCAUAAUGGCCUGCUACUGCCACCGACUGACACACCUCCCCUCUCCCUGCCUGGCCUGGGCUGCGCUCUGGGGCCUGGGGACCUACAAAGCCUCAUCAGCGGAGCCCACCCUCAGAGUGUUAAGCCUGACCCAGAUGCCUUCCCCGAUGACUUCCCCGUUUCUGUGGCUGCUGACCACAGGGACCUCUCCCCACUCACACCCCUCGCCUCAACGGACAUGCCCCAGGUUAAAAAACACGAGAGCGAGGCCUUAGAGUUAGAGCAGGGCAGAGGUAGUGGCAGCUUCAAAAUGUCUAGUAGCAACAAAACCAAAACUCCCAAGACUGGUAAAGGCACAGAAACAAGCAUGCCGUCUGUGAUAACAUAUGGACAUACAAAACCCUCUGUCAUAGUUCAUGGAACAGCAGUGUCGUCCUCCGUCAUUGUGCACAGCAACCAGGUCACAUCUGGGAGUGAAAAGAGUCCAAUGAGCAGCCCGUCCCCUGAAACCAGCAACAGUCAGACUUCACACAAGGGCAGCCCGAGGCCACUGAAAAAGCAAAGGGAUAGUGCAGAUAACCAUAGAAAGAGGUCGAGAGACAGUUCAGAUACCACAGAGGAGGGUUCAAGAGGUGGACAGGACGCAGAGACAGGCAGAUUAUUUCACAAAUCACGCAAGUCCCACAGCAAGAGUGACAUCUCUAACACAAAGCAGCUGUCAGCAUCUGUAGGGUCACAGGUCAAAGAGGCAGGGCCGCUGUGUCAGAUUACUGUACGUAUUGGUGAGGAGGCCAUAGUGAAGCGCAGCAUCUCUGAGACAGACCUGAGGAGAGACAAGGGCCUUUCUCCCCCAAAAACCAAACGGAGUGAGACAUCAUCUGCGCGGGAAGCCAAGGAACCACGCCACUCUCACUCCCACCAUCAUCACCACAAACACCGCCUCCACCGCAGAGCCAGCAUGGAAGCAGAGGGCGAUAAGGAAGGAAACUGUGAGGAGGAGGUCAGGAAAAAGACCUCCAAAUCCCCGGAGGGAGUGAGAGAGUACUACUUCCGUCAGGAGGUGCGUGAGCAGGAGAGCGACCAUGACAUGGAGGAUAAUUUAUGGCGGCCUUACUACUCCUACAAGCCUAAGAGAAAGGCCCAAGCGCAUCUGCAGAGGGUCAAGAGCUGGCAGAGGAAACUGAAGUACAAGCGCUCCAUCCGGCUCAAGAGGAGGGCAGAGAGGCUCAAGAACCGUGUGAAUAAAGAAACGGAGAAAUCACAAGAUGAGGAAGAGGAUGGGAAGAUUGAGGAGACCCCAAAACUGUCAAAAGCUAACAGAGACAAGGGAGAGGGGAAAAAGAAAGAUUAUCUCUCUGCCCCUUUGAAGGAGAAAAACAAAGUCGCAGGAGAACAGGUUAAGGAGGCCCGUCAUGAGGUCCCCCCCCUUCCUCUGCACUCUCCAAAGCCCCCCCUGUCUACCUCAGUGGCUCCUACGGGAAUAAAGAGGCGGCCUUGGACUAAUGGGAAUGCAGCAGAGUGUGGUACAUGUGGCCGCUGGUUCUCAAGCCCCAGGAAGCGAGACAAACACGAGCUGAGCCAUCUGCUGGAGUUUGUAUGCCUCUUCUGCCGAGCCACUUUCCCUUCGAGGGAUAAGUUGGAAGACCACCAGAGAGCCCAGCAUCCCAAGCCUACUGAGGGACCCUCUGCACCCCCUAAAGUGGCUCUCGGCGAACAAGUCGAAGGGGUCGGGAACAAAUCUGUGCCAGAGAUCGCAAAGUUUGAUGAAGAAAAAGGGGGGCAGGUGGGCUUAGUAGGGAGAAAUUCUAGUCCAAGUCGCCUGAGCAGAAGAGCAUUAUCACGACACACCUGUCCACAGUGUCAUAAAGUGUGCAAGACAUCUUCAGCACUAACUCGCCAUAUCCGACGCCAUGAGUUAAGCAGUUCCCCAGAAAGAGAAAAGGAAGAUAAAGCCCCGGAGCCAAAAACAACAGAGACAGUUGUUAACGCCGUUAGCAGAGACCUAGAGACUGAAAAGGGACAGGUUCCCAGUGCUCUCUCUGUUUCAGUUAUCAGCUAUUCAACUCCAGACCCGCCCACCAGCGGUGACUGUUUGGCAUCACAGCAGCAUGAAGACCAUCACAGAGAACUGACAGAGGAACAUCACAUGUCAGAAUCCAGUGACAAACCCGAACUACCCGAGCUCACACAUCCAGCUCCAGAGAGGGAGCCCAGCCCACAUAUUGCAGACCCUCCAUUAGAAAGUCCAGUUAAUCUCACGCCCCCGAAACAUGAAUUCACACCUGCCGCACCAUCUACCCUCCAGAGUGUGCUCGUCAUGAAUGGGUCUGAAUGUCUGGACUACCGCACCCCCAGCAAAAAGAACCUAGACAGCCAGAUCCACAGAAUACCCAGCCCCGUGCACAUCGUGGCAUCCACCAACACCUCUCCAAAUGUGCCCAUGACGUCACAGACCAGAAUAACCACUGCUGCUCCUCCUGUUUCCAUGACAACAGCUCCCAGCUCUGAGGGGGGAUUCAUGAAACGGGAUGGGGUCAUUAUGGACAGGGAGAGGCAGGGUGGGGGUGGUAUAUUUCUACACGCAGGUUAUGAGGAACCACCUCGGGUCCAAGAUCUCAGAGUUCCAUCCCUGUCCAGGAGUCCCUCUCCCAAUGAAGCACAAGACCUGACCAUGUCCUCUAUACUAGCGAGAGAGAGGGAGAUAGAGAGGCAAAGGGAGAAAGAGAGGGAGCUCGAGAGACAGAGAGAAAGGGAGAGGGACAAAGAAAUGGAGAGAGAGAGAGAAAAAGAGAUAGAGAGGGCCCAGCAAAUGAGUAGAGUUGCUCAUGCCCCAGAGGAGCAGAUUGCGCUCUUGGUCCCUAAAGAGGAGCCCUUGAGUCCUGUGCCGUCCCCCCAGCACAUCCCCUGUCAAACCACUAUGAAUGGACCCUCCUCACACAGGCACACCCCCAAGUCCCCCUGUCGGUCCCCCUCAACCAUUGGACUGUUAGCUCAAGCCAACCGCCAGGUUCACUCCAGUUCACAAGGACUCGACAGGCUCUCACUGCCCACUGGAGCAGCUGGUGCCGGUGACCGCCCCUCUGCCCACGCUCUGCUUCUCCCCCGCGCCCCUCAACCACCUGAGCCAGAGCACCAGGACACUGUUUCUUCCAGAGAUUCUCAGCAGGGGGACGCCACCCCAGUGGGCUACUCUGCCCAGGAUUAUCCCCUACCCCUCAUUGUGCCGGACAGCUACCGCUCUGGUAAGAAGCAGGAGGAAAACCUGCUAAUGUCCUCCUAUCCUGCUGGAGCGCUUCCCUUUGGCCCACUGGGAAAAGUGAUGGUCCCUAAUGGCGGGGACCUGGCCAAGCUGCCAUUUUAUCCGGACCCUUACCAGCUGCUCUAUGGCCCCCAGCUGCUGGCCUACCCCUACAACUUAGCAGCUCUUCCUGUGGCUCUGAAUAUGAUGGCACCUGGGGGGGACAAGGUGGAGCCUCUGCCUUUCCUCCCAGCCAUCUUCAACUACGCAGCCACUGCUGGGCCCUACAUGGGCGCAGCGCCACACCCCCUUGUGGCAAAUCCCAGCCUGUACAGCGGCAGCAGUGGCAGCAGCAAGAAGCAACGAGACAGCAGCAGCAGCAAACCGUAGGACAACAGAAGCACUAUGAGGAAUAUAUUUUAAAGGGGACGGCCUGGCCUGUUUGGGAUGAGCGGGAGGGGUGCGUGCUCACUGGGUCACUGACUACACCCGUACAGUACCCCUGCCUCUCCUUUAUUCAGUAGAGAUCAGAGCUAGGCAUUAAAUCAGGAGUAGGUGUGAAGGGAGGAGAUGGAGCAAAGAAACGGGGAGGAUAGGCUGAUAUUAUAGUGACGUAUCAUUACUCCCCUCUCUUUACUCCUGCUCACCUUCCUCCGUUUCUCCUGUCUUGCUGUAGUGUGUCGUAGUUCUAGAGCUUGAUUAAUCUUCCUCUCUGACUCAUUAUAUUAUCUAUAAUAUAAGAAUAAGAACUGCUAACAGGGUGUGUGUUGUGUGAAAAAUUAGUUCAGUCUGCUUCCCUUUAUAGUCACCGCAUAACGAGGAUAAACGCUCUUCAGGGAAGGCUUGUGUGGGCAACGAUAAGGGAUGAGACAGAGGAGUCCUCACUCAACACAGUUGGAGGUGGAGCAUUAAGCAACUCAAACCUUGCGUAUGUUUGUUUGUGAGAAUGAGAAUGCAGGUGUAGCCUGCUGUGUUAAACUGUCCAUGAAAGUUAUAUAUGAGCAUGUACAUGCACACGUAUGUAGGGAUUUGUGCAUGCAGAGGUGGGCUUAAGCAGGUAUUACUGCGUAUGUGUGAAAGAGUGUGUGUCACUGUGUGUGUGUGUGUGUGUGUGUGUGUGUGUGUGUGUGUGAGUGAGUGAGUGAGUGUGUGUGUGUGUGCGCGCAUGAAUGGCUAGAUCAUUCCGUGUCAGACGCACACAGCAUUCCUACUCUAGUUGGAAUAGCUACUGUAGGUCAAUGUAUAGAAGUGCAUUUAGAAGUGAUUCCUCAUAUCCAAAUCAUUAAGAAGUCAGUUCUGUGGCUGAACGCGAGUCUAUGACAAUGACAGAUCAUCUGAGCUUCUAACGUCUCAACUAACCAUGUGACUUUGUGGCCAGAUGACACUGUAGGAUCUGUAUAGCAGUCACCAUAGUUUAUACCUUAUGUGCACAGCACAGAAAAGUAGUGGUCACUUAAAGGGGACACUUGUAGCUGCUUUGGAUAUGUAGCUGGCCACUGGGUAAGAAUUGAAGGCUGAUAGACCAUUGCACUUCCGUUUUUCAUCUCAUUUCCUUCACAUUAAAAAAAAGGAAAAGAAUAAAAACCAGUCAGCCUUCACCUUGCGUAGCUUUUACCUCUUUGAUUGGAAGAGGAAAAGGCUCCAUUUCCUAAGCCAGGAAGAAGAAGGCAACAGCAAGGAAGGAAUAAGAAAAAAAAAUGGAUUCAGGGUAUUGAGUUAUUUCUGGAUAGGAAAAGAAAUAUAUGGGCACAAAUCUUUUGGACUCCUGAGUCAGAAGGUCCCACAGAAAUGAUUUGGGGAACAAAAAAAAAAAAGUGUUCCUGCUCCCCAACUGAGGGGAGAUUGGAAAUAGUCUGAACUAUUUCCCCUCCUGCCCUGUGUCAUUUGCUAAGUGGUAGGAAAAGGCUGAGCUAAGCAGCCAAAGUGGUGGCCGAAACUCCCCAGAUGCCCUCCUGGGGGCCUUUUUGUUAUGUGUAAUGUUAUCUCUAUAUGUUUGUUUUGUUAAAGUAUGCUGUUGUUUAUGUUGUUUAGCCCUCUUACCAGAUGGAAGUGGCUUCAGUGAAAAGGGGGAGUAAACUUAAAAAUAUGAAUGUAAAUUUAGUCAUGAGGUUAAUGAAGUACAGCUGCAUUAAUGGUAGAGUUGGUUUCAGUUCCUUUUUGUUUCUGUUUUGACACAAAUAACCUGUUAAAGAACCGUAUAACGUCUGGUAUACAUAUAUACAGUAGUCCUAGGAACAUGUCAGUAAACUUGGGUUCUGUAUCCACAAAGCAUGAGCAACACUUGCUUCCUAACCGUUUAUAUCCUCAGCAAAUCUGGCAUUGUGCGCACAGCUUUUGUUUCCGUUUCCUUUUAUAUUUUCUGGCCUUUUAAUCUUCCAUAUCUCUGUUAAUAUUUUUUCUUUUGUUUUUUUCUUUUGUUUUUUUUUUUUAAUUAAUUAUAGACCACAGUUUGGAGAAGAUCCACAAAACUAGCUGCCACAUUUACAUCUCACAGUCACUAUUUAGGAGCUGUUUAAUUCUCCCUCUUCCCUCAAGCAUACACUCACGCACUGCACCUCUGAAUGAAGUACAUAUGUUUCGGUGUGUGUGUGUGUGUGUGUGUGUGUGUGUGUGUGUGUGUGUGUGUGUGUGUGUGUGUGUGUGUGUGAGAGAGAGAUGGUACUGGGGCGCCUUUUGGAUCAGGCAGGAGUGUUAAAACACAGCGUGACCAACUGAAAGGGCGCACAAGCAUCCCUUUGGGUGUGGUUACAAGCCUUUUGCGUGUGUGUGUGUGUGUGCGCGAACGUGUUUUAUGUGUACGAGAGCGAGUGACUGCGUGAAUAAGAAAACCAAAAUAAAAUCUGCCUAAGCAGCAUAUCCCUCGGCAGUAUAUGGGCCACCUGUUAUUUUUUUUUUUGUUUUUUUUUUUUGUUGUUCGACACUUUUCUGUGGGUUAGUUUCAGUGUAAAAAAGCCUUGCUGUCUCCAAUACACUAUCUCAAGCCAUUCCUGUAGAUGGACAUGUUUGUGUUUUUGGACCAUUUCUUAUGCCAUAGUUUGCCAUCACGGUUAUCAUACAGACCAAAAGCAUGCAAAUCGACGUAUUGUAGUGACUGGACUGGAAUCUGGUGGUAAUAUACAACUAUUUACUGUAUGUUUUAGUUUAAAUGAAUGUGCCUCUGCUUUGAUAUUUAAAUAAUUAUCUAUAGUAAGAUGUGGAUCUGCCAGAUUUCAACUGUUAAGGUGCCUUGUUAUGGCAUAAGAAAUUUGAAUAGCAAAUGAACGUUUUCUUGAGAAAUGACAGUAUGAUUUGGAGAUAGAUUUCAUGGCUUUGUUUGCUAUGAAGCUGUUCAUAGACGUAGGGGUGUGGCUAAACUGUUUUGGUAUCGUGUACAUGUCUAGGGUAAUACUGUGCCAUAUAGAGCCCACAAAAUAUGUUAAUGUUAUUUUUAAAAGAUGUUUUAAUGUUGCCUGAUGACUUUGUCUUUAGAUUUGAUACAAAGGCUUGUAGCCACAGCUCUCCCAAAGUCUGUAGUCUCCUUUUCCGACAUUCUUCUUGUUCUCUCUCUCUCCUCUUGUUUCCGUCUCCCUUUCUUUCUCUUUGCUGCAAUCAAACAAAAUAAAGUAUUAACCUGAUGACCCAAUGAAAUCA